CACCUUGUAAAAGAAAUGCUUCUGCUUAAGUAUUGCUUAGGCACAGGGAAGGAGACAGAAGAAAGUAAUCUACUGCAGCAGUUAUCAGAUGCAUGCUUAGUUGUUGAUGCUCUCGAACCUUCUGUUAGAGAAGAAUUGGUGAAAAGUUUUUGUAAUAGAGAGCUUACCUCGUACCAGCAGAUUUUUGAAGGAGCAGAACUAGCUAAGUUGGACAAGACUGAAAGAAGAUAUGCUUGGAUCAAGCGUCGUCUAAGAACAAAUGAGGAGAUUUGGAAAAUUUUCCCUCGUUCAUGGCAUGUCAAUUAUUUGCUUUGUAUCCAGUUCUGCAAGUUGACAAGGUCUCAACUUGUGGAAAUCCUUGUUAGUAUGAAAGAAAAGCCAGAUGUUGCGACCUUGUUGAUGGCUCUGCAGCGUACUUUGGAAUUUGAAGAGGAGUUAGCAGAGAAAUUUGGUGGUGGGACCCGCAGUAAAGAUGCUGUAGAUGACAGUGAAGAAACAGAAAGGAGCGGAAACAAGAGCCAGACAGUUUCAGACAUUCGGAAAAAGUAUGAGAAAAAGCUUGCUGCUCAUGAUGGUAGUCAACAUGACGAACAAGAUGGACAAAAAGAUCCAUCGGUGCCGGGAGCUGGGUUCAAUUUCCGAGGGAUCAUUUCAUCGUGCUUUGAACCUCACUUGUCAGUUUAUGUAGAGCUGGAAGAGAAGACUCUUAUGGACAGUUUGGAGAAAGAAAUACUGGAAGAGACAUGGGAAAUUGAGGAGGGAAGUCAGACUAAUAUUUUAUCUAGCAGCAUUAAGGUCUUUGUAAUCAUCAGGAGGAGCUUGAAGCGAUGCAGUGCUUUGACGAAAAACCAGACAUUGUUUAAUCUCUUUAAGGCAUUUCAAAAAGUUCUUAAAGCUUAUGCUACCAAGCUUUUCUCUAGAUUGCCAAAGGGUGGUACAGGAAUUGUUGCAGCUGCCACAGGUAUUGAAGGACAGAUAAAGACAUCGGACAAGGAUGAAAGGGUGAUCUGCUACAUAGUAAACACUGCAGAGUAUUGUCACAAAACGUGUGGUGAAUUAGCAGAUAAUGUCUCAAAGAUGAUUGAUGCUCAAUUUGCAGAUAGAGUGGAUAUGUCUGAAGUACAGGAUGAAUUUUCAGCAGUUAUUACAAAAUCAUUGAUUACACUAGUGCACGGAAUAGAAACAAAGUUUGACUCUGAGAUGGCUGCAAUGACUCGUGUUCCAUGGAGUACUCUCGAAAGUGUUGGUGAUCAGUCCGAGUACGUCAAUGGCAUAAAUUCGAUCCUUACCAGUAGCAUUCCUGUGCUCGGAAGCCUUCUCUCUCCCAUUUACUUCCAAUUCUUUUUGGAUAAGCUUGCGUCGUCUCUCAGUCCACGGUUCUUUCACAAUAUAUUCAAAUGCAAACAGAUAUCAGAGACUGGAGCACAGCAAAUGCUUUUGGAUACGCAAGCAGUAAAGACUAUUUUGCUGGAAAUUCCUUCUCUUGGAAAACAAACAGCAGGAGCUGCUAGCUAUUCUAAAUUUGUUAGUCGUGAGAUGAGCAAAGCAGAAGCAUUAUUGAAGGUCAUACUAUCUCCAAUAGAUUCUGUGGCAGAUACAUACUGUGCACUGCUGCCAGAGGGAACACUUGCAGAGUUUCAGCGGCUUUUGGAGCUUAAGGGCCUGAAAAAAGCUGAUCAGCAGAGCAUACUGGAUGACUUCAACAAACGUGGGUCAGGUAUCUCUCAGUCGACCAUUAUGGCCCCUUCAGUUGUACCAUCUGCUCCAAACACCUCAAUAGCACCGGCCAUAACUAACGUAGCAUCAUCACCUGGGGCCAUCACUUCAAGAGAAGAUGUGCUGACCAGAGCAGCUGCACUUGGAAGAGGUGCAGCUACUACUGGCUUUAAGAGAUUCCUCGCUUUAACAGAAGCUGCAAAAGAUCGCAAGGAUGGACCAUUCAGGAAGCUAUUCAAUGGAUAAGUACCAAUUUCUGAGCUCAUCAUUCUUGGCAGCAUUGUGAAGUCUUCCAUGGAUCAGAUGCUUCUGUCUUGGUACAAACUGUUUUCUAACAAUUGUCGCUCAUCUUUUAGCACCGCGGAAUGGAAUCUGAUGGUGUAUGCUCAUGAGGAGGAGUAACACUUUGUUCAUGUGAAGGAGAAUUACCCUUUUUUUUUUUCUUUUUUUCAUUUUGAUUUUUCGAUCUUGCCUGAUCUAUGGCCUAUGCGGUAGGGGUGCUUAUCACGCGGAUAAUUACGCUUAACGGUUCGGCUUAACGAUUAUCGGAUUAUAAAUGUAGUAAUCCGCUAAUCAUCCAAUAAGAUAAC